UCGCUCCUUCCCCGCCAGUGAAAAUGAAGAGUUUAUGUAUUUUCCUUGCGGUCCUGUUCAUUCCAUGGAGUUUUGCAUGGGCAAAGUAUGAUGAAUUUGAGGAUGGAGAUGAUAUUAUGGAGUAUGAUGAUAAUGACUUUGCUGAAUUUGAAGAUGUUUCUGAAGAUGCAAUCACAGAGUCUCCUCAGAGGAUCAUCACUACAGAAGAUGAUGAAGAAGAAGCCACUGUAGAACUUGAAGGCCAGGAUGAGAAUCAGGAGGACUUUGAUGAUGCAGAUGCACAGGAAGGAGAUACUGAGAGUGAGCCAUACGAUGAUGAGGAAUUUGAAGGUUAUGAAGAGAAACCAGAUGCAUCUCCUAGCAAGAGUAAAGACCCCAUAACGAUAGUUAAUGUCCCUGCUCACCUUCAAAACAGUUGGGAGAGUUAUUACAUGGAGAUUCUGAUGGUAACAGGUCUUCUUGCUUACAUCAUGAAUUACAUCAUUGGGAAGAACAAGAAUAAUCGUCUGGCUCAGGCAUGGUUUAAUACUCACAGGGAGCUGCUAGAAAGCAACUUUGCUCUUGUUGGGGAUGAUGGCACUAAUAAAGAAGCAACAAGCACUGGGAAACUAAAUCAAGAAAAUGAACACAUAUAUAACUUAUGGUGCUCUGGCAGGGUGUGCUGCGAAGGAAUGCUUAUCCAGCUAAAGUUUCUCAAGAGACAAGACCUACUGAAUGUCCUUGCUCGCAUGAUGAGGCCAGCUUGUGACCAAGUGCAAAUAAAAGUAACAAUGAAUGAUGAAGAUAUGGACACCUAUGUGUUUGCUGUUGGAACAAGAAAAGCACUGGUGCGACUUCAGAAAGAGAUGCAGGACCUGAGUGAGUUCUGCAGUGAUAAACCCAAGUCUGGUGCAAAAUACGGGCUUCCAGAUUCGCUGGCCAUCCUGUCAGAGAUGGGAGAGGUCACAGAGGGAAUGAUGGACGCAAAGAUGGUACAUUUCCUCACACACUACGCUGACAAGAUUGAGUCCGUCCAAUUCUCGGACCAGUUCUCCGGUCCAAAACUUAUGCAAGAGGAGGGUCAGCUUACAAAACUGCCCGAAACUAAAAAGACACUUCUGUUUACAUUUAAUGUGCCUGGUUCAGGCAACACUUCCCCAAAGGAUAUGGAGUCUUUGCUGCCUCUGAUGAGCAUGGUUAUUUACUCUAUUGACAAAGCAAAAAAGUUCCGUCUGAACAGAGAGGGUAAACAAAAAGCUGAUAAGAACAGAGCUCGAGUGGAAGAGAACUUCCUUAAACUGACUCACGUUCAAAGACAGGAGGCCGCCCAGUCUCGGCGAGAGGAGAAAAAGCGGGCGGAAAAGGAGCGAAUCAUGAAUGAGGAGGAUCCAGAAAAACAGCGUCGGUUGGAGGAAGCCGCUUUGCGGCGUGAGCAGAAGAAACUGGAGAAGAAGCAGAUGAAGAUGAAGCAAAUCAAAGUGAAAGCAAUGUGAACCCGUUAUGGGAAACCCAUCUUGGUGCCACCUGCAGAAUUUUAAUUCCCAGGAUACAACGGCGUAGUUAACUCCACAAUCUUACACUUCUUUGAACACUAGUAGCCAUUAAGAGAAAUGCUCCAUGCGUUGAUGUUGCUUUUUUGAGUAUUACAGCAACAUGCAGGUGUAUGUAGAGAGCUUUGUCUCAGCAGCUUUAUUCCAGGUGGUUGUGUGUGUUUUUUUU